GGUUUAAGCUUGUACGUCAUGACGUCACCGCGUGGCGACUCAGAGACAGCCGCAUUGUUGUGGGGGAAGCGAAGCCCAGGCUGCUGCUGAGCUGUGCUACUUCCAACCACUAUCCCACCGUUCAAAAGAACGCAGUUUGUACCCAGGUACACCUGUAACCGUCUCCGUCGCCCUGGAUUCUUGCCGGUCACCUUCAGGUUGUACCCGGUUCAGGUUGAGCCAUGGCCACCGGAACAAACUGAAUGUGGAUUUAACUGCUGCUCUGCUCCGAAGGCCGCGCCGCCAUUGCUCCGGUUGAAACAAGCUGGUGAACACACCGAGGAUCUUCAUCGAUUUUAAAAUGAAGAAAAAAUGCAAAACUCGCCGCCCUGCUGUGUUGAAGAGGGACGCUUCUCCUAUCAAGCCCUCGCCCAACAGGGAGACACUCACGUACGCACAAGCUCAGCGGAUAGUGGAGCUGGAGGUAGACGGCCGGGUGCACAGGCUCGGCAUCUACGACAAGCUGGACGUCAUCGCCGACGACGACCCCACGGCUCAGGAGAUCGUGGAGUGCAACAGCAACAAAGAGAACAACGAGAAGCCCCAGCAGGUUCUGGUUCGCUCUGUGCGUCUCAAAAACAGCCAGCAGAAGAAGAACUCCACUCUCUCAACCCCGCACAGCGGCAGCACGGGCAGCCUUCUGGAGCCGAAGGUCAGGACGGUUGAAUACAAUCUGCCGGUGGUGCCGAAGCGACCGGCGGCUUAUUACAAAUACACAGAGAGGACGGCGGAGGAGCUGGACGAGGAGGUGGAGUAUGACAUGGACGAGGAGGACUACGCCUGGCUCGAGUUCAUGAACGAGAAGAGGAAGAGCGAGGGCGUCAGCCAGGUGUCUCACAACCUGUUUGAGUUCCUCAUGGACCGCUUUGAGAAGGAGUCCUUUUCAGCCACUCGGGGUCAGAGCGACCUCCAGUCGCAGGUGGACGAAGACGCCGUCUGUUGCAUCUGCAUGGACGGAGACGGAGCAGACAGCAACGUCAUCCUCUUCUGUGACUCUUGCAACAUCCCCGUGCACCAGGAGUGCUACGGGGUGCCGUACAUCCCUGAGGGUCAGUGGUUGUGUCGCCACUGCCUGCAGCGUCCAUCACGGCCUGCUGAGUGCCUCUUCUGCCCCAACCGAGGAGGAGCCCUUAAAAAGACCGACGACGACCGCUGGGGCCACGUGGCGUGUGCUCUGUGGGUGCCCGAAGUCGGGUUCUCCGACACGGUUUUUAUUGAGCCCAUAGACGGCGUCCGCAACAUUCCACCCGCCCGCUGGAAGCUCACCUGCUACCUGUGCAAGGCGAAGGGGGCUGGGGCUUGUAUACAGUGCGACAAGAUCAACUGUUACACCGCCUUCCAUGUCAGCUGCGCUCAGAAGGCUGGUCUCUACAUGAAGAUGGAGCCUAUCAGGGAGCUGACGGAUUCCGGUGCCACCACCUUCUCUGUGAAAAAGACCGCCUACUGCUGCAGCCACACGCCGCAGGGCUGCGACCGCCGGCCGCUCAACAUCUACGACGAGCCCCAUCCAAAGAACGGAGCCUGUCACAAGAGGGCAGACAAGAGGGGGAAGGCUCGCUCUAAGGGCUGGCAAAAGAAAAAGAUUAAGAAAGCAGAAGCCGAACCUGAAUCUGAGACCCCAGCUAACUCUGGACCCAGCAUCACUGCUUCAAGUUUUGACACUAUCCUGAAUCAAGUAGCCGUUCAGAGGAAGCGUCAGUUUGUUGAGCUGGUCCUGAGCUACUGGGUGCUGAAGAGGCAGUCGAGAAACAACGUGCCACUGAUCCGCAGACUACAGGCCAACCCUCACCCCCCUAAAGCUAUACAGCACAUGGACCGCCUGGAGACGAACCAGACGCUGAGAGAGCAGCUGAAAGUGUGGCACCGCCUCCGCCAUGACCUAGAGCGUGCUCGACUUCUGCUGGAGCUCAUCAGGAAGAGAGAGAAGCUGAAGAGGGAGGAGUUAAAGCUGCAACAGUCGGUUCUGGAGGUCCAGCUGAGCCCCUUCAGCAUCCUGCUGAGGUCUGUGCUCAGUCAGCUGCAGGCCAAGGACCAGUACAGCAUCUUUGCUCAGCCUGUCAGCAUCAAGGAGGUCCCUGACUACAUGGAGCACAUCAAGGAGCCCAUGGACUUCUCUACCAUGAGGAAACGAAUCGACGCUCACGAUUACAGGAGCUUAGACGAGUUUGAGGCAGACUUCAACCUCAUAAUCACCAACUGCAUGAAAUACAACGCUAAGGACACAUUCUUCUACAAAGCCGGUCAGCGGAUGCAGGACCACGGAGGAGUCAUCCUCAGACGAGCACGCAAAGAGGUUGAGAGGAUCGGCUUUGACUUCCCCAGCUGCUUGCACUUGCCUGAAGCCCCCAAACUGGAGCCACCACCUCUCUUCUCCUGGGAAGAUGUGGACCACCUGCUGACCCCCUCCUACCGUCAGCUGACCCCGCUGAAGGAUCAGCUGAAGGAGCUCCUGGAGAAGCUGGACCUGAGCACUGCCAUGAAGAACAGCCCAUCCCGCAGUAAGAGGCUCAAACUGCUCAAAAAAACUAUAAUGGAAGUUCGCAGUGAGAUGAGCUUGAAGAAUUCUCUCCCACCACCUCCACCACCCAUCACCUUGGAUCUUGUCCCAACUCCCACUCAGUUGGAGGAGAACCCACCACCAGAAGCCCCAGCGCACCCUCUACCUCCACCAACAUUAGAGCUGUUAACCUCACCAUUUCAGCCCGAAACCUCACCCAGCAACUCAGAACCACCCUCCCUCAAGCCCUUCACUCCCCUUUCAGACGGGACUCCCAUUGAGCUGUCUGAAAACACAAACACGUCUACCUCAGUGCCCGCAAACAUUUGCAACGGGUACAUUCCAGACCAGCUUCUUUUCAAUGGCGACAUUCACGUGGAAGCAUCUAGAACCUGCAAUCGACGGACCAACAUCCUCUUCCGUAAGUCCAAGAGUGCCAGUCCACAGAAACCACCUAAGGGCCAAGAGGUGUCAGCUGUGGCACAACCAUCCCUGGGCGCCAAAACCUUCCUGUCAGUGGUGAUCCCUCGACUGGAGACGCUCCUCCUGCCGAAGAAAAGAACUCGCUGCAGCAGCGCAGACAGUGAGGAAGAUGGGGAGACACCAAUCAAACGUCUUGGCACAGAAGUAACAAAUGGUUUUGUGAUGGAGGAGAAGAUGGUUUCCCAGUCGCCUCGGCUGCUGGAGCCGCGUCGCCGAUGUGCCUCAGAGUCCAGCAUUUCUUCCAGCGGCAGCAUCUUCUGUGGAACAGGCACGGUCAUCAUGUCUAAAGGUGGUAAAGGACGACCAGCAGCAGCUCGACGAAACACUGUAGAUGACAAAAACACUCUGACCCGAGUCGAAAACGGAGACGUCAGCAAAACUACCAAGAUCUGUCCAGAGGUGUGGAAUCCCACCGCUGCUUCUUCAUUUGUUCUGGAGCCUCUUAAACUAGUUUGGGCUAAAUGUAGUGGAUAUCCCUCCUUCCCUGCCCUGAUCAUGGACCCCCGAGCCCGGAGGACCUCGUUUCGACACAGAGGGGUGGAGCUUCCCAAGCCGCCGCUGGACGUUCUCAGAGCCGGAGAGCAGAUGCAGUUCAGGUCCGCAGAGAAACUAUUCCUCGUCCGCUUCUUCGACAGCAAGCGCAGCUGGCAAUGGCUUCCUAGAUCCAAGAUGGCUCCCUUUGGGAUGGACCAGACCUUCGACAGAAUGAAACUGAUGGAGGCUCGCACUUCUUCCAUCAGAAAAGCGGUGCGGCUCGCUUUUGACCGAGCCGUGACCCACCUGAACCAGGAGCCAAGCAGCAGUCUCAGUGUCACAGACUGAGCCCACCCACCCUGCAGACGCACAACACUCACACAUUUGUGUUUACCAUUUCCUGUGAACUGGAAUCGUUUCCACACCUCUUCACACCUGUCUGAGUUACUGUAUCUGAUAACGGUUGUCCUGUUUGUCAAAGAGCUAUGCAAUGAAAACAACUCAGUUAGCAGCUGCAAAAAAGUGGAAGCUAAAAUAAAAAAAAGCUACUUUUGCUACGAGGACUGAAAACUGCAGGUUAGACCCUGCUGAAUGUGUCAGAGGUCCACUUCUGACCACUUUAAUGUGCUGCAAGACUGCUGCUCCAGUGUCACUGCCAUGUGUGUGUGUGUGUGCUUGAAUGUGAGUGUGUGAGUGAGAGACAGCAGCAGCUCAUGUAAAUAUGUCCCACAUGGCCUGACACUAACUUAUUCACUCCUUCAGUCUGUUUUGGUACACAUCAUUCUGAUCUGUAGAUGAGAAGUUGUUGCCGGUGCCUCCGGUGUUCCUGCUGGUGCUAUCUCCACAGAGAGAACAACAACAAAAACCAUGCAUACUGUAUUGAUCAUUUUUAGCUUCUUUUGUACAGUUUUUGUAAGUUAUUGAGUUCUCAAGCUUCACGAUAUAUGGCAUUAAUUUUGUCCCUUUUUUUUUACCUAAAUGUUUUUAUCGGACUACUUUUUUUGUUUGUUUGUAGAUAUUUAUAUAAAAUCUAUAUAGAAGCUCUCAAAGUAUAAAAGGUCUAAUGUGCAUCAUUUACCCCAAAAACAACAAAACUCUGCAGCCCACAGGUUUCCCACUAGUGUGUUUUUUAUGUUUCAAAGUUUUGGCCUUUUUGUUUGUGUGCAGUGAUGAAAUGAAAUCUUUUAUAAAACACGACCAUCUUCUCUGUGUGAACUGAACUUGAGUAAUAAGAGAAGAGAAUGUGCCUGAACUAAUUUAUUCUGAAGCAGAACAUGUAUAAUCAUCACUUUAUCAAGGUAGGGUCCUACAGAGACCCUCCUUUCUGUUGCAGGUUUUUAUGAUUAUUUGGGUUGUUAGCAUUAAAUCUGAGAGGUGAUCGUGUUGGAUGUUUUACUUUAGCAGGGAAGCAAUGGGUGGCCUACCUGUAUUUUAAUUUGUUUGUUUUUGGCCCUUCUGGUUGUGGAUGUUGUGUGUAAAUAGAUUUGGUACUUUAGCUGAUUCUCAUAAAUACAGUUCUAGCCAAUGGGAUCAGAAAGCAGCCAGCUGGCUGUAAGGGAUUUUUAUACUAAAACACUGAAAAUUAAAAUAUGUUAUUGAAUCACUGAA